AUGGAAUAAUAGCCACUUAGCAAUAAUAGACAAUCAAAUUUGGAGGGCGAUUAAUUAACCUAAAAAAGAGAAUUGACAUCCUACGAGUCCUGCCUCGAUUGUUGUGGAAAUGUGUCAGGAUGUUUGAGAGCUUGGCUCCCUUGCAUAUUUUGUUGUUGCGAUAACCCCUUCUACGCAGUCCAAUAGAGUUCGGUGGGACUAGUCGAGAAGUUCGGAAAAUAUCACAGAAGCUUACCACCAGGUCUAAAUUAAAUCAACCCUUGUACCGAUACCGUGUUACCAGUGGACUUGAGAACAAGAGUAUUGGAUUUAGAUCGACAGAUCAUCCUAACCAAGGAUAACAUAUAAGUUAAUAUCGAUACAUGCAUGUACUUUAGAGUUGUCGACCCAGUGCGUGCAACUUAUAGGGUUUCAAGAUUGACCUAGUCUGUGAAGGACAUGACAUAUGCAGCAUUGAGACAAGUUUGCGGAGAACACCAAUUGCAAGAUCUCUUGGAACAUCGAGAAAUGGUUCAAGAUUCCAUCGAAGCCUAUUUAGACAAGCAAACAGAACAAUGGGGAAUUUACAUAGAAGAGGUCUUCAUCAAGGACAUGGUUCUAACUCCAUAAAUGCAAUCCGAUUUGGCAGCUGCAGCCAAAAAUAAGAGAAUCGCUUAGGCAAAAGUCAUUUCCGCACAAGCCGAUGUUGAAAGUGCUAAAUUGAUGAAAGAAGCUGCCCAAGCCCUGGAUAGCAAAGCUGCAAUGCAAAUAAGAUUCUUGGAGACUCUUCAACUUUUAGCCAAAGGACCCUCGUAAAAAUUGAUGUUCCUCCCUCUAAGUCCAGAAUCUUAGGGAGCCCACAACGGAUGA